AUGAACACUUCGCGCUCAGUCAGCAUGGGAAUCAUCACUCAAGUCCCUAACGGUACCGCGGGAAGCGCGGAGACGCUCGAUCCGUGGAAUUACAGCGCGGUGAGCGCGUAUAAGCUGAUGGAUCUGCCGGCGCACGCCACUACGGUGGCAAUGGUGCAGGAUACUCGUCACUCGUUUCCAACCGUGGAUGUGCCAGACCAUGCCCAUUACACCAUUGGCUCUGUCAUUCUGGCAGUAGGAAUCACAGGCAUGGUGGGCAACUUCUUGGUCAUGUAUGCUUUCUGCAAGAGUAGGAGUCUGAGGACACCUGCCAACAUGUUUAUCAUUAACCUGGCUGUCACCGAUUUUCUGAUGUGUGUCACUCAGACGCCAACCUUCUUCACCACCAGCAUGCACAAGCGGUGGAUCUUCGGCGAGAAAGGCUGUGAGUUAUAUGCAUUCUGUGGUGCUCUGUUUGGCAUCUGCUCGAUGAUCACACUCAUGAUUAUUGCAGUGGAUCGAUAUAUUGUGAUCACUCGCCCUCUGGCUUCCAUUGGUGUUAUGUCACGCAAACGCGCCCUGGUCAUACUCGCCGCUGCGUGGCUUUACUCAAUGUGCUGGAGUCUGCCUCCUUUCUUCGGAUGGAGUGCAUAUGUUCCUGAAGGUCUGCUGACUUCAUGUUCGUGGGACUACAUGACCUUCAGUCCAUCUGUACGUGCCUACACCAUGCUGCUCUUUACCUUUGUGUUCUUCAUUCCCCUCUUUGUCAUCAUGUACUGCUACUUCUUCAUCUUCCGGGCCAUCCGUGAUACCAACAGAGCAGUGGGAAAAAUCAAUGGAGAAGUAGGAUUCAAAGACUCGAUCAAGAAAUUCCACCGGAUGAAGAAUGAAUGGAAGAUGGCAAAGAUAGCACUUAUAGUCAUCAUGCUGUAUGUCAUCUCCUGGUCUCCUUACUCCUGUGUUGCACUCACGGCUUUUGCAGGCUACGCUGACAUGCUCACGCCGUACAUGAACUCUGUACCUGCCGUGAUCGCCAAAGCAUCCGCCAUCCACAACCCCAUUAUCUACGCCAUCACUCACCCAAAAUACAGAUCUGCGAUCGCAAAGUACAUACCAUGUCUGGGAGUCCUGCUUUGCGUGCCUCAUAGAGACCGAUUCAGCAGCAGUAGCUUUAUGUCAACGCGGCGUUCCACAGUGACCAGCCAUUCCUCUGAGACCAGCAACAACCUGCAGCGUGCUGGGAAACCACGCCUGUCAUCAGUGUCCGAUAGCGAGUCGGGCUGGACAGAUACAGAGGUAGACCUCUCCAGCGGAAGUUCCCUUCCUGCUAGUCGUCAGGCGUCGUGUGAGAUUCGAAAGGACUUUUCGGACAUGAAGCACAGCAGCUCUCUAAGGCUGAAGGUCAAGAACAGAGACUCUGGUAUCUACGACAGAACAUCAUCCCAGAGCCUCAAUGAGCCGGGACUAAACCGUACGUGUGCUUACAUCAGCAUGGUGAACGAUAGAGAUGAGAUGUCAGAGUCUGAAGUGAGCCUGUCCAGUUGUCUGUUGUCUUCUUCCAAUGAGGUCUCAGAGAAAGCAGAGAAGAACAGACCGUUAUCCCUGAUCCCUUCGAUCAUCGUAACGUCGGAAUCCAGUCCCACUCUUCUCUCAGCGGGGCUCAUCGGCUGUCCCUCCAUACAGCACACAGGUGGUUCAGUGAAGGCAGCAUCUGUCACCGUGGAACCUCUGGGGAUUGACUGAACAGGAGCUUAACAUUACUGCUGACUUAACUACUGUAUACUUCAGGACACUAUCUGACUUUACAAUCAUUUUCCUGUUCUUUUUACACAGGGCUGCAACUAUGCCACCUGAAAUUUAGCCGUAUAGUGUUAUUAUUGUAGGUUUGGCUGGGCUUAAAUGGAAAUUCAGGCCACUGGAUAAACAGGGUGUGUGGUAAAGA